AUGACCGACUCCUUCAGCAAGAACUUCAUCGACUACGAGGAAUACCCCCACUCCGCCGAGAUCCAGAACCGCUGCGUCAACAUGAUCGCCCGUCUGUUCAACUGCCCGACCGAAGCUUCGGGCGAGAAUGCCAUGGGUACGUCGACCAUUGGAUCCUCCGAAGCCAUUAUGCUGGGCACCCUGGCCAUGAAGAAGCGCUGGCAGAACAAGCGCAAGGCCGAGGGUAAAGACUACUCGCGGCCCAACAUCGUCAUGAACAGCGCUGUCCAGGUCUGCUGGGAGAAGGCGGCCCGCUACUUCGAUGUCGAGGAGAAGUAUGUCUACUGUACCGACACCCGCUUUGUGAUCGACCCCAAGGAGGCCGUCGAUCUGGUGGACGAGAACACCAUUGGUAUCUGUGCCAUCAUUGGUACCACCUACACCGGUGAGUACGAGGACGUCAAGGCCAUUAACGAUCUGCUGGUCGAGCGCGGCAUUGACUGCCCCAUCCACGUCGACGCCGCCAGCGGUGGCUUCGUCGUCCCCUUCGUCAAACCGGAGUUGCCCUGGGACUUCCGUCUGGAGAAGGUGGUGUCCAUCAACGUGUCCGGUCACAAGUACGGCCUGGUCUAUCCCGGUGUCGGCUGGGUUAUCUGGCGCUCGCCGGAGUUCUUGCCCCAGGAAUUGGUGUUCAACAUCAACUACCUUGGAGCGGACCAGUCUAGCUUCACCCUCAACUUCUCCAAGGGUGCUGCGCACGUCAUUGGCCAAUACUACCAGCUGAUCCGCCUGGGAAAGCACGGAUACCGGUCCAUCAUGGUCAACUUGACCCGCGUUGCGGACUACAUGGCCUCGCAGCUGACCCAGAUGGGCAUGAUCAUCAUGAGCCAGGGCCAGGGCGAGGGUCUGCCGCUGGUGGCUUUCCGCCUGCCGCCCAACCCAGACCGUGUGUACGACGAGUUUGCCGUUGCUCACCAGCUGCGUGAGCGCGGAUGGAUCGUGCCUGCGUACACGAUGGCCCCCCACAGCGAAAAGCUGCAGCUGAUGCGCGUGGUCGUGCGCGAAGACUUUAGCAUGAACCGCUGUGACAGCCUGCUUCAGGACUUCAAGCUGGCCCUGCAGACGCUGGAUUCUAUGGACCAGGCCAUGAUGUCCAAGUACAAGGCGUGA